UAACAGCUGUUCUUUCGAUUGGUCUGCAUCAUAUUUGCUGUGAAAAUUUAAUUUUACUCAGUAAAUUUGCAAACAAAAAAAAACUACGAAAAUGAAGGUUAUCUACAACACUCUGUUUAAGCGCACUUCCACCUACGCUGUGGCCAUCAUUGCUUCGACCUUCUUCUUCGAACGGGCCGUUGAUGUCAGCGCCAACGCCAUUUGGGAAUCCAUCAACAAAGGCAAACUGUGGAAGGACAUCAAGGGCAAAUACGAAUAAGCGCUAUAAAUAUGAUUCGCUUUAAUUUUAGAUAAAAUUAAACAAUAACAAAAAACGUAGCGAAACGUAA